CGUGACUCAGAUCAAUUCAGUGAGGUACCACUGUCCACAUAGCACAUCGCGCGUUUAGUCGCUGUCUUUAUUCCAUCGGAACGAUAUCGUACAUCGACAGUGUUCGAAGAGUAUUAUUAAAUCAUGAAGAGUUUACUGUCGAUUCUUUUCGUGAUUCUGGCUUGCGAUCAUAUCGCUAAUAGUUAUCGGAUUCUCGGCUUAUUUCCGCUCAAUGGUAAAAGCCAUUGGAUCAUGCAAGAAAGUCUGAUGGUAGGCCUUGCAAGACGCGGUCAUCAAGUGGACGUAGUCACGCACUUUCCGCUAAAGAAGUCGGAACCCAAUUAUAAGGAAAUCAGUCUGGAAGGCACUUUGGGUUUGGCCGUAAAUAACAUAAGUGCAAAUGAACUUCGACAAUUUAAUAAUCUGAACAUGGCUGGAUUGACCGGUAUAGCUGGUACAAAGAUCUGUGAACUGCUGGAUCACCCGAAGCUUCGUGAUCUAAUUGAGAAUCCGCCACAAGAUCCUCCUUAUGAUCUUGUUAUCACAGAGCUGUUUGCAGCACCGUGUUAUUUGGCCUUCGGCCGUCAUCUCAANGUCCCCGUGAUCGCUACAGUUGCCAGCGUUUUUCACGACUGGCUCAACGAGAUGGCCGGUAAUCCAGCAUGUUCCUCUUAUGUUCCAAGCAUGUUCUCAACUUUUUCUCAACAAAUGACCUUCAAAGAACGUCUUCUGAACUUUCUCAUAUCGAAUUACGUCAGUCUUCAAUAUCAUUAUUACACAAAUUCUCAAGUAGAAUUAAUAAAGAAGUACUUCGGCAUAGAUGUGCCGCACAUCAAGGAUUUGUACAACGAUGUAGCUCUCUAUCUGGUCAAUUCCCAUCAUUCGUUACAUGGAAUCAGACCAAUGGCUACUAAUGUGAUCGAAGUUGGUGGUCUACAUCUUAAAGAUAGCGAUGGUCCGUUAUCGCCGGAAGUACAAAAAUGGUUAGACGAGAGCAAAGAUGGCUGUGUAUAUUUUACAUUCGGUUCUAUGGUGAAGAUCGAAACUUUCCCUAAAGAAAGAAUCGAACAAUUCUAUGCAUCUUUUGAAAAAAUUGCGCCUGUUAGAGUAUUAAUGAAAGUCGCAAAAAAAGAAGACCUACUCCCGGGAUUACCGAAGAAUGUCAUGACGCAAUCUUGGUUUUCACAAAAAACCGUAUUGAAACAUAAAAAUAUACGAGCUUUUAUUACUCACGGGGGAACUAUGGGAACGCAAGAAGCAAUAUACUUUGGAAUUCCUAUGAUUGGUAUUCCAUUAUUCGGCGAUCAGCGUGUCAACAUUCUAAAUUACGUCAACAAAAAGGUUGCUAUUUCGCUCGAGGACAUACAAAAUGUUACUGAGGCGAAAUUAACUUCGGCGUUAAAUACUAUCUUGAAAGAUCCCACGUAUCGAUCAAAUAUACAGAAAUUGUCGAAAAUGUUCCUCGAUCGACCAGUAAGUCCUUUAAAUACAUCAAUAUUUUGGGUGGAAUAUAUAGCAAAAUACGGAAGUGUACUUCAAUCUCCGGCCACGCGUCUUUAUUGGUGGCAAAGAGAAUUGCUAGAUGUAUUUGCUUUUCUAUUUUUCGUGAUCAUUACAGUAUUUUUCAUUGCGUUGUUUAUUCUGCAAAAACUAACGAAAUUUCUGUUUGUAUUGCGUGCAAAGGACAGUGCGGUAAUCAAAUCAAAAAAGAAUAAAUAAAAAGAAACUGUAA